AUGCCAGCAACCCGCAGAUCCACCCGCAGUGCCGCCGCAAAGGGGCACGGCAAACAGUCUACUCUCAGCUUCAACAACAAAGUUACAAAGACUGGCGCUGCUAAGACCAGCGCCAAAGAGGCGGCUGCUGCUGCUGCACUCCCUUCGGGUGGCCUGUCGAAGAAGGUUAUCAUCGAGCCCGUAACGGAGGGAGAAGAAGAGGAAGCACUCGAGGUGUUGCCGGAAGAGAAGGCACACGAGGAGGCAGUUGCCAAAGAGGAGAAGCCUGAGGUUGAAGCGCGAGCGGAAAAGGUCUCCAACCGGCAGAUCAAGAAAUAUUGGGAGGGGGUCGAGGAUGCGCGAAUCGCGAAGAGGGUGCAUCAGGAGGAUCUGAGCUUGUCAGAGAAAGUACUGCGGUAUUUCGACAUUAGUUCGCAGUAUGGGCCCUGCACCGGUAUUCCGCGAACGAAACGCUGGUACCGCGCCGAGAAGCUCGGCUUGAACCCACCAAUCGAGGUUCUCGCGGUCCUCUUGAAGAAGGAGCAGGAUGGCAAUGGUGACAUGGAGAGGUCUGCGAUGGAUCGGCUAAUGGAAUCGACUGCUAUUGGUAGCAUUUGA